GGCCGCGUCGCUCGGCCACCGGCCACUCGGCGCCUCCAGCCGCCCGCUCCGCUCGGCUCCGCUCCGCUCGGCUCGCCCCAGCCGGCGCCGGCCAUGACGGGCGCACUGUUCAGGGCCAACUUCUGGAGCUCAGACAUCCUCAGCACCGCGGGCUACGACUGCAUCAUCCAGCACCUGAACAACGGCCGGAAGAACUGCAAAGAGUUUGAAGACUUUUUAAAAGAAAGGGCAUCAAUUGAAGAGAAAUAUGGCAAAGACCUUCUCAACCUCUCUAGGAAGAAGCCCUGUGGACAGUCGGAGAUCAACACCCUGAAGCGGGCCCUGGAAGUCUUCAAGCAGCAGAUAGACAGUGUGGCACAAUGUCACAUUCAGCUUGCCCAGACCCUAAGAGAAGAGGCCAGGAAGAUGGAAGAAUUCAGGGAGAAGCAAAAGCUACAACGGAAAAAGACAGAGCUUUUAAUGGAUACUGCCCAUAAACAAAAGAGCUUACAGUUCAAGAAAACCAUGGAUGCAAAGAAGAGCUAUGAGCAGAAAUGCCGAGACAAAGAUGAAGCAGAGCAGGCUGUCCACCGGAGUGCCAACCUGGUAAACGUGAAGCAACAAGAAAAGCUUUUUGUGAAACUGGCAACUGCGAAGACCGCAGUAGAAGAUUCGGACAAAACGUACAUGAUGCAGAUCAACACUCUGGACAAGGUCCGUGAAGACUGGCAGAGUGAGCACAUCAAGGCCUGCGAGAUUUUUGAAGCUCAAGAAUGUGAACGAAUAAACUUCUUUCGGAAUGCAUUGUGGUUACACCUGAAUCAGCUGUCACAACAAUGUGUCACGAGCGAUGAUAUGUAUGAAGAAGUCCGUAAGAGCUUGGAAGCGUGCAGCAUUGAGAAGGACAUUGCGUACUUUGUGAGUCACCGAAAAACUGGACAGACUCCACCAGCACCCAUCAUGUAUGAGAAUUUCUACUGUCCCCAGAAGAAUACAGCUCCACAGGGAAAGGCUCCAGGGCCUAACUUAGCAAGGAGAGGACCUCUCCCAGUUCCUAAAACUUUACCAGAUGACCCUGAUUAUUCUUUGGUUGAUAAUUACAGUCUGAUCUAUCAGUAACAUCAAUGAAAACAACCCUUUUUCCGGCUGGUGCUUCUAUGGCAUAGGAGGAGGCACUCAGAGCAGUAGAAUCUGUAGCCAAGCUAUGUCAGUCAUGAAACUUUGAAAUUAAACCUUGCUGUAAUUUGUUGGUAUUUUAUAUUGAUUGUAGACAUUUAGACCAACUGAGGUUAGUCAAGUUCUGAAAUUAAAAAAAAAAAAAAGUUUACACAUUGCCCCAGACUGAAAAAGUAUCCUUUUCCAGUCAGCUACCAGCGCUGUGAAUGAAUUGUGUUCUCUCCUUGAUCUGGGAAAGUCUCUGGGAAGAGCCUUGACUCUUCUUGGGGGAAGGAGGUGGCUGCAGAGGGGUCUGAACCAUCAACCUAUAGGAGUAUCUUGGGCUUUGGGGGCAGCGUGGCUAUAGAAUGUUCUCAACAGCACACAUUCUCUCAGUGGUACACAAUUUUAAAUCACCUUCCUUUUUGGCUGGAGGGACUUAGAGGCCAUCUGAUUAUAUGUUCUCAUCUUACAGUUGAGGAAAUGAGGCCCAGAAGUGUGAAAUCCAUUUCCUAACUGCUUAGGGACAGAACCAAAACUGGAGUGUAAGCUCAUUCCACACCACCAUUCUUACCAAUCUUUCCCGUGGCUCUGGUAUUCAUGUUGAAAUUUCAGAUGUUAAAUGUUUUUGCCAGUGUCUUUUCAACUGGGAAAAGUACUAGGGCUUAAAUGUCAGAUUUAUUUUUAAAUGACUCACUGUGUGUACUGAAGGAAAGGACACCAUAUUUAACUUAAUCUAAGAAGCCAGUGAUUGUAAAGCAUGCCAUUAUUUUAUAGACCACUGAGUUAGGUGGGGGAGUGGACCAUUAACUUGUGACAGUUAAUGGCCAAGCCUAUUUGAAUUUGAUUUGCCAAAGUGUGAAAAAAAAAAAAAAAAAGGUACAUCCUAGAAUCAGUGCAACAGGAUAUUUUGACUCUGUUCCUAAAGUGAAGUCUGAAGCUCCCAAGCCAGGAGUCCUCAAUCCUGGGUCUUCACAGAGAAUCUUUCCCUUGCUAAAUGCUGGAAUUUUUUAAAGUGUCGAUCUUCACCUUUCAGGGGUAUUUAGGUCUUUCUUUUGGUGCCCACAAACAGCAGGGGGAUUGCAUCCCUUUUGCAUAAUAUCCAUACAGCAUGAGAAAACAGUACAGUGUAGUUGAUACCAAAUUAAAUUAGCACUGGUACUUAUUCGGUAUGUCGUAAAGUUCUGUUUGCAGAAAGAGCACAGGUUUUCUUCUCUUGCCUGUGCAAUAGAUUUUUCAGAACUAUGCAUAAAUUUACUGAAACAAGAUUGAUUAUUUUCCCCUAUUUAAUGUAAGGUGUUACUCAAAGUGGCAGCUUCUUCUCAUGACAGGAAACUUGCAUCAAAUGAAUAUCCUUUUGAGAAACUGAAGUUUGCAAAGGGCCAUUGACUUCCCCAAAUUGAGCAGACUCAGGAAAUUUUCCUUCGAACUCAGAACAUUAUAUUUUUUAAUGUUUUAUUUAUUGUUGGCAGCUCCUCAGGGAUUUCACUUUUCUUUCUAUUGGUCAGUGGAAUUGAUGUCAAAGUUUUAUGAAUUGAAAAUAUUUUUAUUUUAUUGCUUUUUCAGUUUGAUAUGAAGUAAAAUAAAGGUUCUUGGUGAUUUGGGA